UGAUUCUAGCCAGACUACGGCUUCGUUUGGAAUGCCACUAUAUGGCGUGGGGCUGAGUCCUGGUUAUGCCAAGGACAACAAGCGCUUCGCUACAGGGGGUGCAGCGGGAAGGCUGACUAUGAAUGAUAAAGGGUGGAUCUCCUCUGUUAAGACCAAAGUACUGCACAGCGAAGAUGGACCGGUUUACGCACUCGCGUGGCGCGGGCGCUACAUCGUGUGGGCGUGUGAUAAGGGCAUCAUGGUGUGGGAUGUACAGGCUCAUAGACGUAUUACUCUAAUUCGGAGACCAAAGGACUCACCCCCCCCGGACGCAUUCAACUGUUCAUUAUGUUGGCGAGACGACCACACAUUUGUCAUCGGAUGGGCCGACUCUAUCCGCGUGGCUGCCAUCAAGGCCAAAGUUACGGGCGAUAGCAGGGCAACCACUGGUAUGUUUGUGGAGAUCAUCGGCAUGUUCCGUACCGAGUACUGGGUGUGUGGUGUGGCCCCUUAUUUGUCAGACAGCCUAGUGGUGCUGGCGUAUAUACCUGAGGAGGAGGUGGAUCCUAGUGAGGACAAUGACGAGGGGGUUAUAGAGGGAGACGUGCUGCAACACGGUACUGCGCGGAAGCCCGAGCUAGUGAUCACAAGUCUGAGCAACGAAGAGACGUCCUCGGACGCACUCUCCAUAGUAAACUACGAACAAUACAUUGCCAAUGACUACCAUAUGGCCUUUUUAGAGGAAGAGCACAUAUAUUUUGUGGUGUCGCCGAAGGACAUAGUGGUUGCUAGGCAACGAGACAGCGAUGACCACGUGUCAUGGCUGCUGGACCACGAGAAAUAUCCUGAGGCCUUGGUGGCGGUGCGAGAGGGCGAAGAGAAGAAAGAGCUUCGCGUGCAUACGAUAGAGAGUGUGGGUGACCACUAUAUUGAGCAUCUGCUGUCCUGCACGCGCUACGAUGAGGCUGCUGAUGUCUGUCGAGACAUUUACGACACAAACGCAGAGGGAUGGCAAAAGUGGAUAGACAUGUUUCUAAAAAAAGGACAAGCCAGGGCUAUUGCGCCAUUGGUGCCGACUGAGAACCCUCAACUACCCUCCGAGGUUUACACUUCUUUGCUGCUGAGCUUGGCUGAGGGCGAAGUUGCUGAGUGUACCGUAUUGCGAGAACUCAUUGGGCAGUGGGACGCGCAUCUCUACAGCUCAGCAGAGGCUAAGACCGCUGUGCUGGACAAUCUGAGAGUCGCCGAGGGGGAGAGGGAAAGGCUGUUGAAGUCAACCCUGGCGCAAAUAUACCGAGACAUGGACAAACCACACAAGGCUGUCCCUAUACUACUGGAUCUGGGGGAGGGUGAUGUACUGGAACUGAUCUACGAACACGCACUCAGCGAACAACUGCUGGCCCAUCUAGAUAGACUGCUUGUACUGGACAGGGAGAAGACUAUACAAUAUCUGCUGGAUCACAAGGAACAAAUCAAGGUCAACACCAUCGUGGACAAACUCAGGAAAGACCCGCUGCAUCUUUUCUAUUACUUAGACGCGUUGUCCUCGGAGGAUCUUGCUGCGGGUGCGCCUUUCCACGACCUACAAGUCGCAUUGUGCGCGGAGUACGCCCCUGAGAAACUAAUGGAAUUGCUAAAGCACAGCAACUUCUACUCCCUGGAAAAGGCUCUGCAAGUGUGUCGCGAAAGAGACCUGGUGCCGCAAACGGUGUUUCUGUACAGUCGCAUUGGCAACAACAAGCAGGCUCUGCAACUCAUCAUCGAUCGCUUGGGGGAUGUGCACAUGGCGAUCAAUUUUGCGAAGGAACAGAACGACGCGGAACUAUGGGACGAUCUUAUAGUCUACUCGGCGGAUAAACCAGAAUUCAUCCGGGGGUUGUUGAACAACAUCGGAACACACGUUGACCCGAUAGUUUUGAUCCGCCGCAUUCCACUGGGCCUACCGAUACCUGGGCUAAGAGACUCGCUGGUUAAAAUUAUGCAAGACUUUAAUCUACAGGUGUCAUUGAGGGAAGGAUGUCAAAAGAUUCUGAUCGCCGAUGUGCUGACACUAAUGAAUGUUCUGGUGAAGCAGAGGCGGAGGGGCACGAGGUUAGGUAUGUCGCUAGUGUAG